AUGUUGCGCUGCAUUCACCUGAAGAAGAGUUUUUCUCAAAGGUCCUACUCUUUGGCAUCUCACCUGAAGAACCCAGACUUGCUCAAAGUCGAUGCUCUUAUCAAUGGAAAAUGGAUUGCAGGCGAUGAAACGUUCACGGUGAAAAAUCCAGCGAGCUUGGAGCCAAUUGCCGAAGUUAGCAGCACAUCUCUUGAAGACAUCAACUCCGCUAUCAAUGCUGCUUCGGAUUCGUUUAUAUCGUUUGGAGCAUCAGUUCCCCGGCAUAGAGCGGAUUUGCUCACUAACUUCUACGAGCUGAUGAUGGAGAACAUUGAGGACCUCGCCAAACUCGUCACUUUGGAAAACGGAAAGCCACUGGCAGAUGCAAUUGGUGAAGUCAAGUACUCUGCAAGUUUUCUGAAGUGGUUCGGCGAAGAAGCACCCAGAUUGUAUGGCGAUACCAUUCCAUCUACGACUGGGUCGAGCCGCAUACUUACAAUGAGACAACCAGUAGGAGUGGUUGGAAUUCUUACACCCUGGAACUUCCCUAGUGCCAUGAUAACCAGAAAACUUGGUGCUGCGAUUGCUGCUGGGUGUACUGCUGUUAUUAAGCCAGCAUCUGAAACCCCUCUAUCAGCGUUGGCGUUAGGCCAUCUUUCGCAGUUGGCAGGGUUUCCCGCAGGAGUAGUGAACAUUGUUCCGUCAUCGCCAAAGCAAACUGCCGAGGUGGGAAAGUUGUUUUGCACAAAUCCUAAAAUUCAAAAGGUCUCAUUCACAGGUUCAACACGUGUUGGUAAGAUUUUGGUGGAACAAUCAUCUGGGACACUGAAACGUCUUUCAAUGGAACUGGGUGGAAAUGCUCCCUUCAUCGUUUUUGAGGAUGCCGAUAUAGAUAAGGCAGUCCAGGGAGCAAUGGCAUGCAAGUUCAGAUCCUCAGGUCAAACAUGUGUUUGUGCUAACCGACUUUAUGUUCACGAGAAGGUGUAUGACGAGUUUGCGGCGAAACUGGUUGCUGAAGUCAAAAAGACCAUACUAGGAAGAGGUUUGGAUGAGGGUGUCACGCAUGGGCCUCUGAUACACAAAAAAGCUCUAGAGAAGGUUAAGGAACAUGUUAAUGAUGCUCUUUCCAAAGGAGCAUCGAUAUUGGUUGGAGGAUCUGAGGCCUCACACCUGGGCCCUGCUUUCCACGAACUGACUGUUCUCUCAGAUGUCACUGGAGAUAUGCUUGCGGCGCAAGAGGAAACCUUCGGACCAUUGGCACCAUUGAUUAAGUUCAGCAGUGAAGAUGAGGUGCUGAAAAUGGCAAACAACUCCGAAGUGGGGCUUGCUGGCUAUUUUUACUCCCAAGACUAUGCGCGCGUGUUUAGAGUUGGUGAGGCCCUGCAAGUGGGCAUGGUAGGUGUGAACACUGGUGUGAUCUCCGAGGCUGCCAUGCCAUUUGGAGGUGUUAAGGAAAGCGGGUUUGGAAGAGAGGGAUCCAAGUAUGGUGUAGAAGAGUACACGAAUAUCAAGACUCUAGUUAUCGGUGGAGUUUGA